CACCCAGUGUUGCCAUAUGGUGUAAUCAGCCGGUAACAAUAGCAGAGUGUUUAGGAUAGAAAUUAAAAAAAUGGCGCGAGAUAAUGAUACCGAUGAAAUGAUGGAAGUUGAUGUUUUACCAUCUACGAGUGGACAUAAUUCGAAAAGUAAAGAACAUUCAAAUAAAUCUUGUGAUUUACCUUGGAUUGAGAAGUAUCGUCCACAAGUAUUUACAGAUAUCGUUGGCAAUGAGGAUACUAUUGCUCGUUUAUCUGUUUUUGCACAACAUGGAAAUACACCAAAUAUUAUUAUCGCAGGACCACCCGGUGUAGGAAAAACUACAACUAUUUUAUGUUUGGCACAUUUACUCUUAGGUCCAUCUUUUAAAGAUGCUGUGUUAGAAUUAAAUGCAUCUAAUGACAGAGGAAUUGAUGUCGUUAGAAAUAAGAUCAAAAUGUUUGCGCAAAAGAAAGUCAAUUUAACGAAAGGAAAACACAAAAUAGUUAUUUUGGAUGAAGCUGAUAGUAUGACUGAUGGAGCCCAACAAGCUCUUCGUCGUACAAUGGAAAUAUACAGCAAUACAACUAGAUUUGCAUUAGCUUGUAAUAAUAGUGAGAAAAUUAUUGAACCAAUACAAUCACGUUGUGCCAUGUUAAGAUAUGGGAAAUUAAGCGAUGCCCAAGUCUUGGCAAAAGUCAUAGAAGUUUGUCAAAAAGAAAAUGUUUCUUAUACAGAUGAUGGCUUAGAAGCCAUAGUAUUUACAGCUCAAGGUGAUAUGAGACAAGCGUUAAACAAUUUACAAUCUACCCACAAUGGAUUUGGUCAUGUAAAUGGUACAAAUGUUUUUAAAGUAUGCGAUGAACCACAUCCUCUUUUGGUAAAGGAAAUGCUUGAAUUGUGUACGCAAGGAAAUAUUUGUAAAGCGUUUCAGAUAAUGCAACAUUUAUGGAACUUGGGUUACUCUGCAGAAGAUAUCAUUGGAAAUAUAUUUCGUGUUUGUAAGAAUCUUCCUAUUGAAGAAAAAUUAAAAUUGGAAAUGGUAAAGGAAAUAGGAAUUACACAUUUAGGAAUUGUGAAUGGUAUUAAUAGUUUAUUACAAAUGAAUAGUCUGCUGGCUCGACUAUGUCAAAAACAUAUUUCAAAAAAAUGAAAAC